AUGAAGUAUGCUAAGGCUUCAUCAGAUGUGUGGAGCUUUGUAUUCUCAUUCCCCUCAAACAUAAAAGCAUAUGUGGCCAUAGGGUUCUCAAAUGAUGGCAGCAUGGUGGGAUCUACAGCAAUUGUGGGGUGGAUGCCAUCUUCAGGUGCAGGAGGCUUGAAAGUGUACUAUCUGGGUGGAACAUCACCAAACCAAGUGAUUCCUGACAAAGGAGACCUCAAUGUUAUGAAUUUCUCAAUACUCCCAGCUACUACUUCACUGGCAUAUAUAACUUUCCAAUUGAAAACCACCCAACCUACCACAAAUCUAUUAUAUGCCAUUGGACCCAAUGGUGUAUUUCCUGAUUAUCCAGACUAUACCCUGGCCCAACAUAGUGAUAAGACAUCCACCAAAAUAGACUAUUCAACAGGUGCAACUAGUGAAAUUUCUAACCUAAAACUUAGAAGAAGCCAUGGCAUUCUGACCAUUGCGGGAUGGAGCAUUCUCAUGAUGAUAGGAUCAAUAAUUGCCCGCUACUUCAAACAUUGGGAUCCCAUUUGGUUUUAUUUGCAUGCUUCCAUUCAAACAUUUGGCAUUUUAGCAGGCGUAAUUGGAAUUUUAUGUGGAUUUUCCUUAUCCAAGAAGCUCAAUGCUGAUGUGACUAAUCACAAAAAUAUAGCAAUCCUCAUUCUCGUCCUUGGAUUCCUCCAGGUAUUGGCUAUUGUAUUUCGACCAGGACCGUCAUCAAAGAUACGCAAGUAUUGGAAUUGGUACCAUCAUAACGUGGGUAGAAUUUUGAUUAUCUUCGGAGUAGUUAACACCUUUUAUGGAAUCCAUUUAGGAGGGGAAGGAUCCAAGUGGUUUCUUGCUUAUGGAGUUACCAUUGCCAUCUUGGUUAUUAUAGCUGUCAUUUUGGAGAUACGAAUGUGGAUUAUUGCAAGAAAAGAGACUGAACAAUCCAGAAAAACACCAUCAAUUCCUCAAUCCAUGGAGUUAGGGGCUUAUUAA